AGCGCAGCGCGUCUUUACCUUCCGCUCGUCCUCCGGGCGUCCUCAGCCACUUCCCGAGCCGGGCACGGACUUCGGUGUCGCCGCCCUCCGUGCCCCGUACGUGCGCGGGAGAUUGACGGGACUGCCCCUCAGGUGCUGUGGAGGCGUCUCAGGGCUCGUUCCUUGGCCGGAGAAGAAUGGUAACAUGAACAGCUAAGCGUGAGAGCGUCACGGGGGGAAGCGGACGAAGAUUGAUGGGCAGAACGCUCACUUCGCCGAGCCUCUCAUUCUGAGCCCCGCGCGGGCCAGCGAGCGACGAGGCAGCGCCUCAGCUUCCUGGCCGGACGCCGCUGACAUCUGUCGCCUUUUCCCCGCCGGGCGCCAGGGUCGCUGCGCCGCUGCCCGCCAAGGAGCGUGGAGACAGCGCGUGAAGAUCCGGGAGUGUGCGGACCUCCAUCCAGACGGGAGUUCUGCCGGGUUCCGUGUCCCUGGAUCCCCGCGGAGCCCCCCAGCACGCUGGCGCCGGAGGGAGUUGAACUUGAGUUCAGGUGAUGGCCAACUCCCUCUGAAUCCUGCAGACUGGUGCUGGGCGCGUCACAAAAGUUUGUAGCUUCUUCUCAGUUUCUGGGGCUGCGCAGGGAAGACGAAAGGACUUUGGCACUGAACACAAGAAACGGGGGGACAUCUCCUUUAAGUUUUCUCCUCUGUUACCAUUGGCAAUGAAGAGGAAACAGAAGAGGUUUCUGCAGAUGACUUUGUUAUUCAUGGUGGCUUUAAUUUUCCUGCCCAAUAUUGGACUCUGGUCUCUAUACAAGGAUAAGCACCUGGUGAAAUCUACAGAGCCUGGGGAGCAGCAGACAUUUCCACUGGGCCUGGGAGAUGGGCAAUUCUAUUCAUGGACAGAUGGUUUGAGAAGAAAGGACUGGCAUGACUAUGAAAGCAUUCAGAAAGAGGCUAUGCGUUCAGGGAAAGGUGAACAUGGGAAACCUUACCCCCUCACUGAAGAGGACCACGAUGACUCAGCUUACAAAGAAAAUGGUUUCAAUAUUUUCGUCAGCAACAAUAUUGCUCUAGAGAGAUCUCUGCCAGAUAUUCGCCAUGCUAACUGCAAGCACAAGAUGUACUUGGAAAGACUGCCAAACACCAGCAUCAUUAUCCCAUUUCAUAAUGAAGGUUGGACUUCACUCCUGCGGACUAUACACAGUAUAAUUAACCGAACUCCAGAGAGUCUGAUAGCAGAAAUCAUUCUAGUAGAUGACUUCAGUGACAGAGAUCACUUGAAAGAUAAGUUAGAAGAAUACAUGGCCAGAUUUUCCAAAGUGAGAAUUGUUCGCACCAAGAAAAGAGAAGGACUCAUUCGGACCCGACUCUUGGGGGCAUCGAUGGCGGGAGGAGAGGUCCUGACGUUCCUGGACUCCCACUGUGAGGUCAAUGUGAACUGGCUGCCCCCACUCCUUAACCAAAUUGCACUAAACCACAAAACCAUCGUGUGUCCCAUGAUCGAUGUCAUUGACCACAAUCACUUUGGGUAUGAGGCACAAGCUGGGGAUGCCAUGCGAGGAGCCUUCGACUGGGAAAUGUACUACAAAAGAAUCCCCAUCCCUCCAGAGCUCCAGAGGGCAGAUCCCAGCGACCCUUUUGAGUCUCCUGUUAUGGCUGGAGGUCUCUUUUCUGUGGAUCGAAAAUGGUUUUGGGAGUUAGGUGGCUAUGAUCCAGGUUUAGAAAUCUGGGGCGGAGAACAGUAUGAAAUCUCUUUUAAGGUUUGGAUGUGUGGAGGAGAAAUGUUUGAUGUUCCAUGUUCUAGAGUUGGUCAUAUCUACAGGAAGUAUGUACCUUACAAAGUUCCAUCCGGGACCAGCCUGGCAAGAAACCUUAAACGGGUAGCUGAGACCUGGAUGGAUGAAUUUGCAGAGUACAUUUACCAACGGCGGCCUGAAUACAGGCACCUCUCCACCGGGGACAUCUCCGCCCAGAAGGAAUUGCGCAAGCAGCUCAAGUGCAAGGACUUCAAAUGGUUCAUGGCUGCAGUGGCCUGGGAUGUGCCUAAGUAUUACCCUCCAGUGGAGCCCCCACCUGCUGCCUGGGGGGAGAUUCGAAAUGUGGCAGCGAACCUCUGUGUGGACAGCAAGCAUGGAGCCACAGGAACUGAGCUAAGGCUGGACAUCUGUGUCAAGGAUGGCUCUGAAAGGACAUGGUCUCAUGAACAGCUCUUCACGUUUGGAUGGAGAGAAGAUAUUCGACCUGGUGAGCCGCUGCACACUCGUAAAUUCUGCUUUGAUGCGAUCUCACACAGCAGCCCAGUCACUCUCUAUGACUGUCAUGGUAUGAAGGGGAACCAGCUCUGGGGAUACCGAAAGGACAGGACAUUGUUCCAUCCUGUGAGCAACAGCUGUGUGGAUUGCAACCCUGCAGAGAAGAAGAUUUUCAUGGCCAGAUGUGACCCUUUCUCUGAGACUCAGCAGUGGAUUUUUGAACACAUUAAUAUGACUGUUUUAGAAACAUUUAGCUACCACGUCAGCUCCUAGAAGAAAAGGAAGAAAGAAAGAGUGAUUACCUACAGAUUAUAAACUCAUUUCUAGCCAGCAUCUGGGUCGAAGGAGUCAGGAAUAACAUUUCCUAGAUCCAGGAAGCCUGGUUUAAAGAUGUGUAAAUGCCACGUCAAAGUAGGCUGUCUCGAAGAACUUCCUGCAUCUGAAGAACUUGGCUGAGAACCUCACCAGCUGCUUCUGAGAACUUGAGACUAGCAGUUCCCUUGCUGGCCAAGGGCAGAUUAUUUAGGGACUUUUCAAAACAACUGCUGAGUUAAUAAAUCCUAGCAUUUCUCAGGUCAAAUCCUGCAGUAGUGAGUAGCUAUGAAUGGAUACUAUUAACUGGGUGGGAGGGGGGUGAAAUAGAGUGCAUGACAAGCUGAGGAUACCACAGGUUCAGAACUAGCCACACUUGAGGAGUGAGCUGGACUCUGGUGCCAUUCUCAGACUAAGAGUGGGUUAAGCAGGUUUAACCCUUAAAAGUGCUGCAGAUGAUUUUAGAGUGCUCAUACCACUUUGUUUCCUUUGUUCUAUUUUUAAACAAGGGUGCGAUCCUGAGGUAAGACUUAUUACUUCACGUAAUAAAAUGGGCUUGCAGUAUGCCCCUGCUUCCGUUGACAUUUGCCAUUUUCCUUUCAGAGCAGAGGUGAUUUAUUGUUCAUGGUGCCAAGGGACCCUAGGAAACUGUUCCAUGUCCAUGCUCCAUAAGUCAGCCGAAGUUCUAAUUCAGUGCUCUAGUACGAAUCCGCUUAAAAACAGAAACAAAAUCUAUGCUACCAAGUUACUCCAAAGAAAGAUUUCACAGAAGCAGCAAAACCAUAUAAGAUUUAGGAGAGGGAUUUCCCUAGGAAAUCUCUUUUUACUUUUCUAUUAUUUUUAGAAUUUUUAAAAUCUGAUGUUUGUCCAGUCAUAAUUUUUAUUAUAGAAGGAAAUGGAGUGAGGUUGAUGUAAUUUGUUUAGGAGGUUCUUAAACCCAAAUAAAUCUACACUCCACGUGACAUGGGAGAGUGGCUU